CAGGCGUCCGAGCGCUCGCCGAGUGGCUGACCUGCUCCCCAGCUGCUGGCGUCUCUGUCUGGUGGUCCAGUGGAGCGUGCCAUUGCGUCUUCCGCGCGCUCCUCUUGCCUCAGAAGCAGAUACCUCUGGGUAACCCAGCAACCUAGGACCAGAUGAGUGCUGAUAUGCGUGUCCACUCCUGGUCUUGUUCCUACUAUCUGGACCCUGAGAAGCAAUGGGUUUCUGGAAAACUGACCCUGACACCUCAUUCACUGAAGUUCAUUGUGGAUAAGACAGAAGAGGUCCUUGUUGGCCUGCCCCUCUCCAGCAUCAUUGAGAUCAGGAAAGAGUCAUCUCUCUUUAUCUUCGGUGCGAUCACAGUCCUGGAGAAGAACCAGACCAAGCACUGGUUCAGCUCACUGCAGCCUAGUCGAAAUGUGGUCUUCAAUGUCAUCGAGCAUUUCUGGAGGGAGCUGCUGCUGUGCCAGCCAGGCUCUGCUGCCGACACAACCUCCCACGUUACCAGGGGACAGGAGCUGAUGGGACUGAUGGCAAAUUCCCAGAAACGCAUGGAAGACACAGCAAAGGAUCUUCAGCAGCAGAGCGAGCAGCUGGACAGUGUCCUGAAGGGACUGGAGAAGAUGGAGUCUGACCUAGACGUGGCCGACAGAUUGCUGACAGAAUUGGAGACUCCUUCCUGGUGGCCUUUUGGCUCUAAGUUUUGGAAGAUGCCGGCAGAAGAAAAUCUCAAGGAAGGUGUGUCUUCCACUUGUGAACCCUUUGGAAAGGAAGGGGUUGUGAUCACGGUCCCUGCUAUUGUUUCUGAGAGAGCAGAGUCUCAUUCCAAGCUGGGAAAGCUCACUGUCCUGCUCUCUGCUGUGGAAAUCUAUGACUCCUGCUCAUUGCUCCUGCACAGAUUUGAGAAGGAAGAUGUUGAUGAUAUCAAGGUUCACUCACCUUAUGAGGUCAGCAUACGCCAGCGGUUCAUUGGGAAGCCAGACGUGGCUUACCACGUGAUAUCUGCCAAGAUGCCAGAGGUCAUUCCCAUUUUAGAAGUGCAGUUCAGCAACAAGAUUGAGCUCCUGGAAGAUGCCUUAGUGCUCAGGAACAAAGUCUUUGCUUCUUCUGCAGAGAGGCAUGCAGCAUCCAGACCGAAGGGCUGCACUCCACACCGAGAGCUGCCCACAGGAGGACAGGAAGGCGAGCAGCUGCAGCUGCAGAAGAACUUGCCACUACUCUCUGAGGGGGAAGCCCAGGAGCUGACACAGAUCCUGAGCAAAAUGAAGGGACUCGCACUGGACACUGAGGCAGAGCUGGAACGGCAGGAUGCGGCUCUGGAUGGCAUCUCCGUAGCUGUGGACCGGGCAACCCUGAAUGUGGACAAGCAAAACCGGCGUAUGCGAAAGCUGAUGUAGUGGGGCAAGCUGUAGAACAGCCACCCCUGGCAUGGCUCUGCUGAUUCUAUUGCUAUUAGCCCUGUGUCCUUUCCCCUGAGAUCCGGGAAGCCAUUCUGGGUACUGUGAAACUAUGAGGCCCUACCUGGGAACUACACCUUCCUAGGAUGGGCUAGGAGAGGCCACAAUAUGCAUGAGCAUGAAUGUUUCCUAGGUGCCCUAAGCAUGAGGGCCCAAGUCCUGUUCAGGCAAGAAUCGCCACCGUAGCAUAGCCAUCCUUCCUGUCCACACUGAGACCCUGGCGUUGAGCUGCCAUUGUGGCAUCAUGUUGUCACAUCAUAUUGUCAUUUUUUCACCAUUUUUGCCAAACAGUAGAGAAAAAUGUCAGUCAUUGUGGUUUGGCUCUGCCAUCCACUUGCCACAGACAUUAAUUCCCCCUUCAAAUGCUGCUGUAGCCCCUGCCACCUUCUCCUGAUCAUCUGUUAGAGUUCUGUAACCAGUAGCCUCUAUGUGUGCAUAAUAAAAGGAUGUUUAUUCGAUGACUUACA